AUGGAACAGAGCCCCAAGCGACGCAAAGUCUCCCACCAGGGCGGCUCCAGGACCGCGACUAACAUUGCGACUGCGAGCCCAUUCGUCCUGCAGACGGACGAGCUUCUGAAGGAGGUCGAGGUCGACUACGCCAAGGCCCUGAAUGGCGCCGACGCACUACUGCACAGGAUCAGAAAUCUGAUUCAAGGCAUUGAGUCCCAUGGUCCUAUUCCCAUUACCGAAGCUACGCGCAAGUUCCAGAAAACUCAUCGCAUAAAGAUCCCCUACCCGGACCCGAAGCCCGCCGACGAUGCGCCGUACAAGCUGUCUUUUGAAAAGCCCGCGGCGUACAAUGUAGUCGGCAGCUACGUCUCGAAGACCAUGGUCGACGCCCAGGCUAACAAGGGCGUCGACAUGAUCGUACAGAUGCCAGCCUCGCUUUUCCAAGAGAAAGACCAUCAGAACAUGCGCUACUUCUAUCGCAGAGCGUACUACAUUGCCAACAUUGCGGCAAGCUUGCGAAAGGAGCUGGGAGAGUCCGCCGACCUGAAAUUCGAGCACCUGAACGGAAAUCUCCUCCUACCCGUACUCUGCAUCAGGCCUGUGUCGACAUCCAACAACCCGGGCGACGAAAGCGACGAUGGGAAGAAGUCCGACCCAGAGUAUAUCAUACGCAUCAUCCCCUGCGCGCCCGAGGGGGUUUUCCCCAAGUCGAAGCUGAGUCCGUCCUUCAACGGCAACAAGACUGUGCAGACCGACGUCAAAGACUCAAACGCCGCAACGCCGUUCUACAACUCGACCCUCAAGGCCGAAGACACUUUCGUUACCUACCUUCGCGUUCUGACUCGAGCCAAAACCGAAUGUAAAGCAUUUGCGGACGCUUGCAUUCUCGGCAGGAUCUGGCUGCAACAACGAGGCCUAGGCAGCUCGCUGUCCAAGGGCGGAUUUGGUCACUUUGAAUGGGCCAUCAUGAUAGCGCUGCUCUUACAGACAGGCGGACGAAACGGACAACCGGCGCUGUCCUCGGCCCUGAGCAGCACAGAGCUUUUCAAGGCUGCCAUUCAGUUUCUCGCCUCUACCGAAUUCUCCAAGAAGCCUUUCGUGUUCGGCACCUAUAAGCAUGACGCCGAGAUCAUCCGUGAGAAUGGUCCCGUCAUGUUCGACCCCGACCGCGAAGUCAACAUAUUGUACAAGAUGAGCCCAUGGUCCGCGGGUCUUCUUCGCUUCCACGCUUGCACAACUAUGGAGGUGCUCAACGACACUUUGGCCAACCAGUUCGAACCGACAUUCAUCACAAAAGCCGACAUGCCACUGCAGCUGUACGAUGCCAUUUUCGAAAUUCAAAACGUCGACAGCAACUCGAAGAGUAACAAUCCUGACCGUCGAGGAGCUGUCUGGGACCUCAGCUUCAAAGCGAAUGCGGUUCUCAAAAAGGCGCUGAAGGAGAGAUCCCAGCUGAUCCAUUUCUCGAGCCAAGACCCGGCACCUUGGUCAGUUACCAGCAGCCAGUCGCGGAACCUGUCCAACAUUCAAGUCGGCGUCGUCUUUGAUCCUGCCAACAUGGGACGGCUGAUGGAGUACGGACCUUCGGCCGAGCUGGAAAAAGAGGCCGCCAAGUUCCGGAAGUUCUGGGGUGACAAGGCCGAGCUGCGCCGAUUCCAAGAUGGCAGCAUCCUCGAGUGUGUGCAGUGGACGAACAAGACAGCUGCAGGUGUCUGUGAAGAAAUCAUUCGUUACACUCUCCAGCGUCACUUAAGCCUCGGCGCCGGUGAUCUGCGAUUCCACGACGCCGAGUUCCCUCUGUCCCUGGAGCUCUCGCCCCUGGACAAGGAAGCGUUUGAGGCGGCGAGGAAGGCUUUCGGAACCCUAGAGCAGGACGUUCGCGGCCUGGAGGACAUACCGUUGUCUAUCAGACAGAUCUCCCCUAUCGUUCCCGAACUCCGAUCUGCCUCUAUCAGGCCACCUUUCACCCUUUCCCAGAAGACCAGCCCCCCACCCAUGGAUGUGAACCUGUACUUUGAGGCUUCUAGCAAGUGGCCAGAGAACGUGGUCGCCAUCCAGGAGACCAAGAUUGAGUUCCUCCUCGACAUCGACCGGAGGUUACGGGCUGUCCACGAUAACAUCACGACGAGCCUGGGCCGCGACAACGCGGCGCGCGAUAUCGAUAACCUGGCCUACCUCGACAUCAUAUACGAGACUGGCGCCGCGUUCCGCUUGCGCAUCUACGCCGAACUCGAGGAAACGCUACUGGAUCGCCAGGCCAAGAACAAGACCAUCAGCCCUCAGACCAGAGCCGAGGCCGAGGAGGCGCUGUUUAACCUGCACUGGCGCUACAAGCACCUGCCCCUGCACACGCAGACGAUCACGACCUACUGCACACGCUUCACGACCCUGUCCACAACGAUCCGCCUUGUCAAGCACUGGUUCAACGCCCACAAGCUUGCUGGCCAUGUUACCGAAGAGCUCAUCGAGCUCCUCGUUCUCCACGUCUACCUGAACCCGCACCCAUGGAAGGUCCCCUCGAGUCCCAUGUCGGGCUUCCUCCGCACGCUCCUCUUUCUCUCCCGCUGGGACUGGCGCGACGAAGCCCUCGUCGUUGACUCAUCAGACGACAUGUCCGUCGAAGACCGCGCCAUCGUCUCGCACCAUCUCGAGGCCUGGCGCGCACGCGACCCCAAUAUGAACCACGCCGUCCUCUUUGUGGCCACACCCCACGACCAUCUUGGACUGGCCUAUACACGACACGGUCCCUCCAAGCUCCUCGCGACGCGCAUGACGCGCCUCGCAAAGGCCGCGAGCAGACUCGUCAAGGAGCAAGGGAUUGCCCUCGACACGGCCGAGCUCUUCCGCCCCUCACUCGUCGACUACGAUGUGCUGCUCCAUCUGUCGUCCUCCGCCCUGAAGCGCGUCGCCCGUGACGCCGCUUCCGAGGCCGGCACGCGGCACUCGCUCUUCAAGAACCUAGAUGAGCGCACCGGUAAGGUGCCUCUCCCCCUCGGCAGGCACCCGGCGACGGUGCUGCUGCGCGAGCUCGAGGCUGCGUACGAGGAUACCCUCCUCUUCUUCCAUGGCGCGCCGGACGACGUCGUCAUCGGUGCCAUCUGGCAGCCCAAGUUGCGCAGCAGGCAGGUGUUCCGUGUGGGUCUGCCCUACAAUUUCCGACAGGUCAAAGAUGCCGGCGACGACGAGGGCGACAUCGUCGAGGUGAACAAGCCGGCGGUCCUUUUGGAGAUUGCCAGGAUUGGCGGUGACUUGUUCAAGAGGAUCGAGCUCACCGAAUGA